AUGGAAAAUGUUCAGGCUAGCCCGUGCGAACGCGAUGACGUGCAGACUACGGCGGCAACAAAAGCCGUCAACAACACCGGAGUGCGUCGGCGCAGGAUGGGUGAAGUGUAUCCAAUCAUGAAGAACACAAUCUACUCUGAUGAGGAGUGCGAUGUCGUGGUGCUCAACUCGUGGGACUGCGGCACGCUAUUCAUCCGCUACCUCAAUGGCCUCUUCCAGUACUUUGUGCGCAAUCCCAAGCCGAUGGGGCUCAUCCUCACUACGGCGAUCAUUCUACUCUUUUUCAAGUACUCUCAGCAGGUUGUUGUGAAGGCGGUAAACGCUGCUGUACGGGCGCACCCCGGACUAGAGCCGGCCGACACCCUCCGCAGCGCCGUCAUGUCCUUCACAGAGGAGCUGCGCGGCCUUGAGCAGGUAGUGCAGACCAUCGGUUGGGCCUACAUGCGCAAUUCUGUGAUAGGGUAUGACAUCAACACCUCCGCUGACACCACCUUCUUCUCGCUCGUCAGCAGCUUCCAAUCGAGCUUCACAGCCAACGUGAAGACCUACGUCGCGUACACUUUGCCCAGGGCAGCCUCGACUGGCUUCACGAGUGCCCACUGGGGUCAGAUCGGCUGUGCCUCCGAAGACAACAGCAGCUCCGUGUGCUUCUACGUGGACGAAGACGGCACAGCUAGGCCGUGGAACACGGUUACAAACGCCAGCGACGGCGGCCCCUCGAUGAGUGGCGUGUACAUUGAGGGGUGCAUGCCUGACCUACUCUCCGUAGCAACCACGGCCACCAAGGGAAGCACUCUGGCCGCAUCGGGGGUGUGGACUCGGGCCUCCAUGACAUGCAGCAUCUUCUCGCAAAAGCCUGUGCGCACAAUUACCUACCUUCUACCCAUCGCCUUCAACGCCGAGGGCUAUGCGACUUCCAUGGCCGGCAUAGACGUGAGCGUAGGGCUGCUGAUAAAUAGCGUGAGGGUGACGGCCACGCCAAACAUUGAGCUCGUCGUCGUGGACAAUCGCUACAGCGCCAGCGAAGGCGGGCAGUUUGUGUUCGACUCCUUCAACGAGUCGAUUUUUUGGUCGACCUCGUACGGGGUGCUCAAUGCGCCGGUCAGUCGUGUCAGGGACUUGGCGGAAGCGAUUUGGCGUGAAAACGACGGCACCCUGGCAGUGAACGGGUCCUUCUACCAAAACGGACUCAUCUAUCAGUCGUUAACGAUGAUGUCGCACUGGACGCUGAUUGCCAGCUCGCCGCUGGCUCUCUCUGUGGCGGAGGUAGCUGCCACCCUGAGUGCCUUCGUGAAGGAGAGCAAAGGUAUCGCGGCUGCCGUGUCAGGCCUCUACCACGACUGUGAGAUAGCCGCCACCAAGCAGCAGAACAGUAUCACGGUGGAAUCGUUUGGUCAGAUUGAAUUCGCCUUCGGCAUACAAUUGCACUCACUGUACACGCCCUACGUGCUUGCUGGCGCCGAGGAGGGCAGCAGCAGUAGCUCGUGUGCGUCCUCAAAUGCGACUGCCAAAAACACUGACCCUCAGGCCUCUUUGCACUCGUUAUUCUCCUCGGCAGCGGCAGCGUUCCGUGGUGCCGGCGCCACGAACAACUCCCUGCACGAAUUCAGCACUGGCAGCGGAAGCGUCAGCCACGUGUCGUCGUCCCCGUCUGCGCCGGCACAGUCAUUGGUGCCGUCCUCCGCCGCGAACGCUGCCAUAGCAAUUCCUGUGGCCUCAACCGACAGCAGCGGGAAGACUAUGGAGGAGACGGUCGCACUUCCAGCGACGACAGGGCGUCGUCCGGUGAAUAUGUUUGGCGUUGAUGCCGCCUGGAGCGCUAGUGGCGGCAGCGCCGCUGCAGCAACAAGGCACAAGUGGGGCGUGUGCGGAUGCACCUACUCGUCCUCUACGCAGAUGACGUGCUUCUAUACGGACUCGAACCAGCUGGAGACCUUCUUCGAGGGGUCGGUGUUCAGUGACUCCGCCAAGGACAAGAUCGAGACGAGGAAAUUAAGCACCUCGCUUCACGGCACCUUCACGAAGCAGUACAUUGAGGGCAACACGGCCACUGCCGGGUUCUGGACAAAGCCGUACCUCCGCACCGAUACCACCGGAAACACGUCUGUCAUCGUGAGCUACGUGUACCCAAGCGUAUACGACAGCAACGGCUACGUGACGCGCGCUACCGUUCUUGAUACAACCGCAGGGUGGAUGGCGAGCACCCUAAAGGUGAAUCAGCAUAGCGGGACGACAGCGUUAUACCUGAUCGAUCGACGCGACGAGGGCACCUUCCUGGCAUCCAGCACCGCCGCGCACGCGGUGAAUGCGAUGUAUACCGCGCUGAGCACGCCAGACCCGGAGUUCAACCGGAUCGCGAGCGCCGUGUACAGCACCGCCGGCAACACCUGGGAGCGAUCGUUGUCGCUCCAGAUGGGAUCAACCUUGGUAAACUACCAGGUCUUGGAGGGCCAAUGGGGCGUCAUUGAGGUUAUGCCGGGGGAUGUGGCGCUCCAGCGCUAUCUGCCCACUCCGGCGGUUACCGGCGCCACAGACGCACUGCGUCUGCUGCCACACGAGGAGACGGUGCAGCUGUUCCUCUACGUUGGUAGCAUCCUCCUCGUCUUCUUCCUGAACCUGCUCAUUUUAGGCUGCAGCCGACUGGGUCAACAGUGA